AUGGCCGCCGACAAAGCCCGUUUCUACCUAGAGAAAGCCGUUCCCGAGCUCAAGGAGUAUGAGAAGAAGGGCGUCUUCACAAAAGAUGAGAUUCGUUCCAUCGCGAAGAAGCGGUCCGAUUUCGAGCACAAAGUCAACGCCCCCGGUGUCAGGCCGGCCGAUUUUGCGCGAUAUGCAGAGUACGAGAUGAACCUAGACACCCUGCGAAAAAAGCGCUCCAAAAGACUCGGGAUCAAAGCCGCACCGCAGCAUGCGGGACGACGCAUUUUAUUCAUACUAGACCGUGCCACGCGGAAAUGCUCGGGCGAUCUGGGCCUGUGGAUUCAGUAUAUCGAAUACUGCCGGCAGCAGAAAAUGUACAGAAGACUGACGGACGUGUUCGCUGACGCUCUCCGACUGCAUCCCUCCAACCCCGACCUGUGGAUCUAUGCGGCCAAAUACGCCUUGGAGGAGCAUGCAGAUAUGACGCAGGCACGGAGCUUUUUUCAACGGGGUCUACGCUUUUGCAAAACGCAGAGGAAAAUGUGGAUCCAAUAUGGAAAAUUGGAGUGUAUUUACAUUGCCAAACUUUUCACACGUCGGAGAAUAUUGGGGCUGGACCAGCCUGCGCAGGAGAAACCGGCUUCCACGGAGAGCAACGAUGAGGAUGCUGAUAUGAUGGUCCUUCCUACGAUCACCGCCGAAGAUAUCGAACCCACAUCAGACAAAAAUAACGGGUUGGAUGAAGAGGCACUGGUGGCGCUCGACGCAACACCCGCACUUACAGGAGCUAUACCAAUGGCUAUCUUUGACGCGGCUAUGAAACAAUCAGGAAAUGACCCGAUUCUGGCUCAUGGGUUUUUUGACAUGAUCUUUGAAUUCGAAAAUCUACCGUGUUUACGGAAGGUCGUCGAUCAUGUUAUGGCGCACCAGGUCUCGACACUGACCGACAACUACCACAUCCAGAUAUGCCAUAUCAAAUCGCCUGUUGCGGGCAUCGAGGCCACAUCACCAAACUUUCCCCGAGCAUUCGGAGUCGCUCUAAGCCACAUGAAAAAGUAUCACAUGCAGCCCAGUCUGGGUGAGGAAUUGAUUAAAUGGUUGAAGACGUUGUCAGAGGAUCAGAUGCUUGACCCAUCACUACAAAAGGCAGCCACAAUCACCAUGGAGCGUGUUCAAAGGGAACUUGGACAAAAAGAUAGCUUGGAAGAAUAA